AUGACCAUCGAAUACCACCGAAAGACACUGCAGGGGGAAGCCGAGAGUGCCACCGCCAGUAGAUCUGUACCAGCGCCACAGACAAGUUUAGGACCUACCACAGAUCGCACACAUCUGAGAGCGCUUCGGACUCUCCUCGAGUUUCUGCACAUCGAGGUGGAGAGUCAGGAAAAGGCAUCUAAAGAACGGCCAGAGGACGUUGGUGGUAAAUCCACACCCCAUUUCACCAAGCGCGAGGCGCAGCAGAAGUCUACAGAUCCCGAUAUGCUACGAACCUCUACUGCUACGGCUCUGCAUGGUGUUGUGGAAGGUCUCGAAUGUUUCUUCUGCAAGUCAAAAAAGCAUGGAACACCCGACUGCAACUCAAGGAUAACGCUAGCUGAAAAGAAGCGCAGGCUACAAAACGCCCAGAGAUGCUUCCGGUGCACGAAAGUGGGGCACAUGGCAAGGAUGUGUCGAGGUACACCCUGCUGCAACAGGUGCCGAGGCAGACAUACCUCCAGCAUGUGCGACCCAGAUUAUACUCCGAGACGAUCUGCCGACGGAUUGAACGCACAGCAAAAGAAAGACGAAGCACCGGUUAGCCUACAUGUAAACGAGGAAAACAAGCCGACAGUACUCUUACAAACGGUCACUGCGUGGGUGGAAGGCAAAAACAGCAGAAAGCGAGCUCGGAUUCUCUUUGACAGUGGUAGCCAGCGCUCCUUCAUCACGGAAGAGCUAUCGAGGAGUCUCGGCUGCAAACUGCUCGGGACCGAGAUCCUGACUGUCGGAGUGUUCGGAGGCAAGAAUAGGGAACGAACGUACCGCAGAGUUCAAGUGAUUCUGCGCAACCAACACAGUGGCAAGAAACACAUGAUUGACGCCCUCGAGACACAUUCCAUCUCCGAGCAAGAACUCCCUAGCCCUGAGAAGGACGUUAUUGAAAAAAUGGAAGAACUCGGGCUUACUUCGGGUGACGACCUGAACGGACUGGACUGUGGCGGAGUAGCGAUACUACUGGGAUCGGAACAUUACUGGGAAUGUAUAACAGGAAGGAUCCAACGACUGAGCAACAGCCUCACCGCAGUGGAAACCGCCUUUGGCUGGGCAACACAUGGAUCCACACAGCUGACUUCCGAUACUGUCAGCUGUUCCCAGGUGAUAGUGCUCAUAUCUGCUGCAGACGAACAAGAGCCAGCCAUCUUGAGGAGAUUCUGGGAGCUUGAAAGUGUAGGAGUACUCGAAGAGGUGGACCGAGAUCAGUCAGAUAAUGACAUUAUGCGACGCUUUGAAGCAAGCAUCACCAAGACGAAGGGAAGGUACGAGGUUGGCCUCCCUUGGAAAACAGACGUGCACCUAGAAUGCAACCGAGAUGUGGCAUGGAAGCGCCUCGAAAGUCUACAAGGAAACUCAGGGGACGCAAAGUGGCACCACUGCCCGGGUAAGGAAAAUCCCGCAGAUUUGAUGACCCGAGGGCUGAAAGCUGAUCGACUGCUUUCUGCUGCACUCUGGUGGACCGGACCAACUUGGUUACAGCUUCCAGCAACCGAAUGGCCCAAAGAAACUGUUGGGGUGCUUUCCCACGACAAGCUCGAGGAGAAAGCUUCGAAAGCUGUAGUCACGCUACUGCCUGCAGACACAUCCGUGGAGUUCAUGGACAUUUCGAGAUUCAGUUCGGCUGCGAGACUGCACCGAACAACAGCCUGGGUGCUUCGCUUCGUUCUAGAACAGCAGCGUUUCUGUAAACUUCCAGACAUCUUCAAACAUAAAGCUAUAAACGUAGUCAAAAAUCCGAUCCCCUUCAAUAUAAACGACGUCUAUUAUGAGAACGGAGCAAACGUGGAUCAAAACAAGGAUAAAAAAGAAUAUCCCGCCUGA